UAAUGAAAAAUCAAUCGUUUUUGUAAAGCCGGUAAAAUUGAAAUUAAUAAUAAUAGUAAUUUUCGUUUCUUAUUUCGUAGUAAAGUGGCAUGUUUUCCUCCGAAGAGCAGCUGAAGAAAAGGACACCCAAGGAGGGAAUUGACAGGCGUAAAUUCAUCUCACUUUUGGUCGACGAGUAUUACGAAAACAUCUCCGGCAAUCUCGAGGCUCAACAACAAGUUACAGCUAAUUUGGCGAAUUUUGCCUACGAUCCUAUCAACUGGGGCUACCUGAAACAAGCCAAAGCACACGAGUUAUUUGUGGAAAUCUUGAGCGAAGCGUAUGACACCCAGUUGCUGAACCAUGCUGCAGCAGGAAUCUGUAACAUUUGCCUAGAUCCGCAAAUUAAGGAUUACUUUCUGCAAAGUGGGCUACCGAAGCACCUAAGCUUGCUGGUAAUCAAACACAAAAACAAUCACGGUUUGAUAGGUCACGUUUUAACAACGUUAAUUCUUUUGAAUCAAAAUCUGAUUGAGGAUAAAGAAUUCCUGAAAACGCUCGAAGGUUUGAGAACAUCAGAACACAAGAUUUGUUCAAACUUGGCUACCGUUUUGUUAGAAGAUAAUGCGGCUCAUCAGCGUGCUUCGCAACAACAAGAUUGUAACCGGUAAUGUUUUUCAGUUUGAGUCGAACAUUCCGGCAAGAAGAUCUGGUUCGAUUUGCCGAGUUUACCGGGGAUCGGAAUCCCAUCCAUAGUUUGCCUGAUUCAGAACAAUCGUUUGUGAAUGGAGCCCUGUUGAACGCAACAACUGCCGGCAUAAUCGGGACUAACUUUCCGGGAUUCGUUGUUACUGGGCAGGAAUUUCGUUUUCCGAAUCGAUGUCGGUUGAAUGAGGAAGUGCGGUUUGAGGUAAAAAUAGGAGAAAUGCGAAAAAUAGUAAGUUUAUCAUACGAAUGUGUCCAGGCGGGGGAUGUUGUUUUCGAGGGAACCGCAAAACUAUUUGA